AUGUCGUCCACCAGCAACGCCUCCAUUGACAAGUUCAACGGAGACAAUUACGCAACGUGGAGCCGGUACAUGCGCGGUGUGUUUUUGACGAAGUCCGUCUGGCACGUUGUCAACCGUGAAGUGACUCCGACUUUCACCGACCCGCGAGCGUCCGAUGACUACGUCAAGGCAAGCAACGUCGCGUUUGGUAUGAUGCUGCUGCACAUGAACGCGGACUACCAUCAUGUGCUGGACAACUGCGAGGAAGCCUGGGUUGCGUGGACAAGUCUGAAGACGCUGUACGGUGGGUCGCAGAAGGCAGGACGCAUCUACCUCAAGCGACAACUUUUCAGUAUCAAGAUGGCUGAAGGCGCGAACGUCAUGCAUCACUGCAACGAGGUCCUCAACAUCUCCGCCAAGCUUAGCGGCAUCGGUGCGAAGAUGGAAGACGAAGACGUUGCAAUUUGUCUGCUACUCAGUCUUCCGAAGAGCUACGAAAAUGUGGUGCUCAACAUGGAAAUGAGCAGCACCGAGCUUCGCACUCAAGAUGUGGUGAGAGUCCUGACGAAUGAGCAUGCCAAGCGUCAAGGAGAAAAAGGGACAACGACAGCGACUACGGUGAAGGCUGAAGAUGCAAGCAAGGCAUUCAGCGCCGAGCGUGAGCCCUACCAAUGCACGUAUUGUGGCAAGGUGGGACACACGGUGGAUCGUUGCUGGACAAAGCAGAAGAACGAAGGCAAUGGCUACGAUCGAGUGGCGUUUGCAGUCUCGUUCGAAUGUGGAGUUUCGACGAGCAAGGACGUGUCUGGAAUGUGGGCCGUCGACAGUGGUGCAACGCACCACAUUUGCCACGACAAGACCAAGUUCGCAAGUUUGGCAGAGCGCAAUGAGGGCGAACUCUUGGUGGCUGAUGGCAACAAGGUGGCCAUCAAGGGUGUGGGAACCAUCAUGGAAAAGGUGGUUCUGCCCAACGGUGAAGAGCGUGAGAUCGAAAUCAAGAACGCGCUAUAUGUUCCAAGUAUGAGCAAGAACCUGCUCUCGGUGCCACAGAUUAACAGCCAUGGCAAGUUUCAAGUCGUGUUUGACGGGUCCAAGAUGUAUGUGACUCUCAAGAACUCACAGCAAGUGGUGGCGACAGCGGAUCUCGUGGAUGGACUCUACUGGCUUCGGACGACUCAACGAUCAGCGAAUGUGACAACAAGUGGAACCAGUUGUGCCGAUCUACAUGCGAGAAUGGGUCAUGCUUGA